AUGACGACAGAGGCGAUUCAAUGUCUAUGGGGCCCCUGCGGGUACCCACUAGAAGAUUGCACCCCUGCUGGUCUCGCUCGGCACCUCAAAGAAUAUCACUUCGAUGACGUGAUCAAUCAGUGGGACGACCGAAGCCGAGGGCUCUGCCAAUGGUCAACAAAUGGACGCCCGUGCGGAAAGGAGAUGCUCUACGAGGGCUAUGGCAAGCACAUUGCAUCUGUCCACUUGGGUAGCAUUGCGCGUAUAUGCCAACGUUGCAACCGCAAAUUCGCGAGGAUCGACUCGUUGCAGAGGCAUCUGCGCCAGUCAUGCAGGGGGAUGUCCGUAUGA